CCAGUAACAUACAUCCCUCCCGAAGUUGAGGAGACUGAAUCAUAUUUGUUUCAAAGUUUGGAAAAAGGAAAAAACUUUGAUAGGCUAUGUACAUAUUCUGUUGAGUUGACUGGUAACAAUGCUCCUAAGAAAGCUCUCUUAAAGUUUGAAGAUGCCCCAGUGACUCCAAAAAUUUUAGAGAACAUCAAAAAAGCUGGAUAUUCACUUCCAACACCUAUCCAACAGUGGUCCAUACCAGCCAUCCUGCAUGGUAGGGAUCUCAUGGCAUGUGCUCAAACUGGUUCCGGUAAAACUGCUGCCUUCCUGAUUCCUGUGCUAUCCCUCUUGCUGGCAGACAACGAAAGCCUUAUGAAAGCCUCCAUGGACCUCAGCACUCCCAGUCCACUCGUCGUCAUCCUCACUCCAACCAGAGAGCUAGCACUACAGACUCAUAAAGAAAUUCGCAAAUUUGCAUUUCAAACCGUGAUAAAAUCCUGUUGCGUUUAUGGCGGUGUGUCAGUCAAUUAUCAGUUGAAUAGCAUGCUGAAAGGGGUGCACGUUAUUGUUGGCACUGUUGGUCGAGUCUCUGAUUUCACUAGGAAUGGCAAGAUUGACUUGUCGCAUGUGAAAUACUUGAUAUUGGAUGAAGCAGAUAGAAUGUUGAACAUGGGUUUCCACGAUGAGGUUGUAGCACUGACUGAAAAGUGUGGAGGAAUGAGAAGUGAGCAGAGGCGAACUAUGUUGUACAGUGCCACAUUCCCUGUGGAGAUACAGAAACUUGCGUUCGAUAUUCUGAAUGACUAUUUGUUUGUAACUGUUGGAUUGGUGGGUCAGGCCAACAUGGACAUUGAACAAUCCAUACUGAAGGUGAACAAACUGGAGAAGAAAGAAAAAUUAAAAGAGAUCCUAACCGAGAUUAGCGGUGAAAAGGUAAUUGUGUUUGUGAAAACGAAAUUACUGGCAGACAGUUUGUGCAUACAAUUCAGUGAGGAGCUUGAAAUACCAAUGACUACUAUUCACGGUGAUUUAUCUCAAAAAGAAAGGGAGUUGGUAAUUGGCCAUUUUAGAGAAGACAGAGCAUCAGUCCUAUGUGCCACGUCAGUAGCUGCCAGGGGACUUGACAUCCCAGGAGUGAAGCACGUCAUUAAUUAUGACCUACCAGAUAACAUUGAUGAAUAUGUACACCGCAUUGGCAGGACAGCCAGGUGUGGCAACACAGGUAAAGCAGUUUCAUUCUUCUCUGAACCGGAAGAUUCUGAACUUGCCAGAGCACUAUACACCGAAAAAUUUACAUCCAGGCGCAACAAAUUGUACCAGAUUGGUUGGAAGAAUUGGCUUUGA